CCCGAUGUCCCCCCGAUGUCCCCAACGCCGCCGCUGUGCCAGGUGAACAACGUCAGCCUCGAGGACGUCAUGCACGAGGACGCGGUGGCCGCGCUCAAGAACACGUACGACGUGGUUUAUCUGAGGGUGGCCAAGGCCACCCCCGGCCUCGGGGACACCUACGGACCCCCCGACGUCACCGGCUCCUACUCAGCCCACCUGGACUCUGACCUGGCCCCACAGAGUUUCCUGGGCCCCGAGUUCCCCCCGGUCCUGACCCCGACGUCCCCCCGGCGCUUCUCCCCCGGCCCCAAGGACCUGCUGCCCGACGACGACGUCCCCAGGUGACGGCCCCAUGGCCCCGCUGGCCCCAAAAGGGUCCCCAGGGGGGUCCUGCCAUCUCCUGGGGUGUCCCCAAGGGCCCCAAAGUUA